AGAUGCGGUCUACCGAAACUAUAAAGUAUAGAACAAAUAAGAUGGUGUAUCUCGUCAGUGCGAUGUAAAUACGCGAUUAUUUUGAAAAAAGUCCUUGAAUGUACGGGGGGAACUCGCCAAGAAACGUCUUCAUUUGGAUAUCGUAGCAGUCGAGUUAUCACAUUCGUAAUUUGAUUUUUAACACGAAAUCAUCGCCCGAAGACCGACUGUUUCGAAAGUUUAAGUAGUGGUAAUUGAAAAUACUAUGGGUCGUUUUAUAAUUGUUCUGUUGGUUGUACAAAUUUGCGCAGUCUACAGUCAGAAUUAUCGCCAAAAUAAUUACCAAAAUUACCACGUUAGAAAUGCUCCGCAAAUUCCUCGCUCGAGUGGAACUUGUCCUGACAGAAAUGGCCGUUACCCCACCGACACAUGCGAUGGCUACAUAGAAUGCAAUGACGGCGUACCUGAGGAAAAAACAUGUCCAGACGGCCUUCUAUUCAAUCCCAAAGCCGGAGUUUUUGCCUUCCCUUGCCAGUAUCCCAUCGACGUCGAUUGCACGGGACGGGAACAAGUCCAACCCGCUCAAGAGACUGAGGAUUGCCCUCACCAGUUUGGGUACUACCGGAUGGGAGAUGCCCAAAAUUGCGGACAAUUCAAAAAUUGCGUAGACGGCAGAGGGUACACUUUCGAUUGUCCUGAAGGAUUGGCGUUUAAUGAAGCAAGUUACAGAUGUGAUUGGCCCGAUAAAGUCGCCUCUUGCGAUGCGGAAGCUUUCCUGGGAUUCAACUGUCCUCCUGAUGCCAGGACUUUAGGAUUGGGAUUAGGACAGGAAGAAUACAGAUCAUUUAGUUAUGUGAGAUUUAUCAAUUAAAACUGAUACGACCCGGACGUGAUUCACAACAGCAAGGUCUGCUCUGAACACCCAGUAGAUUCGAUUAUUUGGAAUAACCCAUUCAUCAUCUUUUUGUGCGAUGGCUGGUCCAAAUAAAUCUAAUCAAUGUCACUAUGCAUGUCACAUGCAGGACAAGAUUUAUGUUUUUAUGACCAACCAUACCACAAACAGAUAAUAAAUGGUUAAUACUUUUAUGAAUUUGAGUUAAUCCCUAAACUAUUAUUUAUUUAGAUCGCCCAACGAUUGCCAAAAAUACUUCAUUUGCAUAGAAGGAAAACCGAGGUUGUAUAAUUGCGGUAAAGGACAAGCUUUCAACGAAAUAACCAACUCUUGUGACGGCAUCGAAAACGUAACAGGAUGCGCAACACCUUACCCCCAAAUAGAUAGGAGAUUCGAUGCAAAUAAUAGAAAUUAUAGGAACAAUUAUUAAUGGUAGAGUGUAAAUUUU